AUGGAUCCAUAUUGGGAAGCACUAGCCAAAGAUAUUGAUACAGCUCUUCGUGAGAGAUAUAUCCAUAAAAGACUCAAUCUCUUGGUACAAAGCCUACAGUAUCUAAUGGUAUCUAUACUUCCUCAAGAAGCUCGUGCUCGUAUCACGAGUGUCCUAGAUAUUACUGCCAUAGGCUGCGAGAUACAGGAGGAAGUCUUCUGUCCUGCCAGCUUUCUGCGGUCGUUGGCUUCACUUCUUCAAUUCUUAUCACGCUGUGAUAGAGAGCGGUACUCCACAGAAGUUAUUCAUAAUCUACGGGACGGCGAGAGUCAGAGUAGCGAGGUAAUUGCGUAUAAGUUACGUGAAUUCCUUGAAGUAUCAGUGGAGAUCUAUUUCGCCAGAGACGAAGCUUAUCUUUCGGAUGCUCGGAGAGAGCUAAUGAAUGGAAGUAUAAAAGUAUUGCAAUGUUUUCUCUCCGGCGCGCUGGAGCCAGUGGAGGUACACAAUUCUAGAGAAUGGUACCGCAAUGUGCUCUAUAGACACCAUAAUCCUAGGUUGACAGUCAGCGACUUGGCACGUGAACAUCUAAGCUUUCUCUGGGCAGAAUCGCGUGCCCAACUACCGGAAACGCUCGACAUAACCCGCCAUUACCUGCGGGAUUUAUGGAUCGCGUUCCAUUUCUCAAUCGACCUUGAACUUCGUUGCCGAAUGCUAGAAAACACUGGCAAUACCGUCGACAGGCUCACAACAUACCAAGCGUCUGAGGAUUUUUUCCUAGCCAUCUUUGAAUGUAGCGAACAGGAAGAUGACAAAUCGAAAUCGAAUGCGUGCGGGAAUGCCCUGAAGGUUACGCAAGAAGCCCUUGACAGUUCUACCUCAUCGGCAACUCAGCAGAAGAGUGAUUGUCCACGGUAUCUUGUACCUUUUGCGGAUAUUAUACAGUCCUUAAGACAGCAGCUGGAGGAGGCUACGUUGGGAUACAUAGGGUAUUAUAUCACCUUGUCACCAUUCGAGACAUACCAGGCGCGAACUGGCAUGCCAACAAAUACCAGCUUUUUUCGAUACAGCUGUACAGAUCAAGUCGCCAGGCGAGUAGCUCAGCUUACUGUAUUGCAUUUCCAUGUCUGGGGUGACACUUUCCUGAUGGGCCCGGAUGACCGCGAUGUAGGAAGCUUUUCCUCUCGUUGA